CUCACCCAUGGUAAUGGUAUUGGUAUCUUCUAAAAUCUUUUUCUCCUGAAACAGUGUCAGAGAGAGGGGAAAAAAGAAAAGGGUCUUGGACUUUGUUCACAGAAAAAUCCUAUGGUCAUACAUAUACUCGCUGCUACAUAAAUAUUGGAUAUCAUAUCUUUGGAAUGUCAGGCAAAGAUUAUAGCCCAAGUAGGCCUGUGAGGGCCUUUGCAUUCUGUUCUUUAUUAGGAGAGUCUAAGAGGUUCUCUUGCUUCCUAGCCUUUCUCUUGAGAGGAGGUCUGUCUUUGAUGGGUUUUUUCAGUUCCAUCCUUGGUACUCUGAAGGAAUUCAUGGCUGUGACAGCUAUGCUGUACCAUAAACUUUUCUUGGGCUUUGAAUCUCUCCAUUUGCUGGAGAGAGUUAUUUCACCAAAUGGAUUGUUCUUCUUCCCUGUUACCUUCAUAGAUCAGGAUACCCUCCCUGCACCUUUCAGUUCACUCUGAUCUGCAUGGUGAAUUUCUGUAUUUCUGUUUAUUGGCUUUUAUGAAAGCUUCUUUACCUUUUCUUGUUUGGUUUGUCUGUUUCUCUUCAGACUUUGGCCUUUUUCCUCCUUUUUGGAUUCUGCAUGCAAGAGGUCUUUCUGGCAAAUUUCUUUUUGGGUUUCUCUGUUUUGCAUCCUGCUUUUUGCAUGCAGUUAGUUUAACCUGCUAAUACCUUUCUAUUUGAUGGUUUUUAACUCUUUCUUUUGGCGAUUUCUAGUUUCACUUGGCUUGAUGUGUGUAUAGUUCUUUUGCAGUGAAAAAUAGGUAAAUGGGAUAGUGGAUGAUGGGUGAACAGGGAAAGACAGAGGAAGGUGGUGGUGGUGGUGGGGGUGGGAAGGAGUUGGGAAUGACAUCACAGUCUUCUGCAAAUCAGAGCCCAUCUCUCAGGAAUGAAACAGUCUCAAACUAUCAUCCAUAUCCACCACCACUUGCAAAAUACGAAGAUAUCGUUUCCAGUCCAAAACUUUUCAUGGGCACUUUGGAGAAGCUCCAUGCAGUAAUGGGAACCAAGUUCAUGAUACCAAUUAUAGGGGGAAAGGAGCUAGAUCUGCAUCGGCUUUUUGUGGAGGUAACCUCUCGUGGUGGUUUGGAGAAGAUCAUUAGAGAAAGGAGAUGGAAAGAAGUGACUGCUGUUUUCAGCUUUCCCUCCACUGCUACAAAUGCCUCUUUUGUACUGCGCAAGUAUUAUGUUUCAUUGCUUCACCACUAUGAACAAAUUUACUUCUUUAAAGCUCAGGGUUGGGCACCUAUCUCUGCUGAUGCUUCACAGAGUCCAUCUAUAACACCAGUUCCAUCUCAUGGAUUGGCUGAACCAGUUUUGCCAUCACCUGAAAGUCAACCGGCUGGCAUCCAACAGCAGAGGAUAAGUUCUGCCGAUAUAUUUCCUGGAGCAAGUCCGGCUUCAUCAACAGCUUCUCCAGUGAUAGGGGUCAUCGAUGGGAAAUUUGAAAGUGGUUAUCUUGUCACUGUAACUAUUGGCACCGAGAAGCUAAAAGGUGUUCUUUAUGAAGCUCCGCAGACCCCGGCCCGUCAAGUGCCACAGUACUUCAGUGUCAUCACCAACAAUACUGAGAGUACCCCUGCAGCACCAACUGUGCAUCGUCGCCGCCGCAGGAAGAAAUCUGAGAUAAAGAAGAGAGAUCCUGCUCAUCCUAAACCUAACAGAAGUGGGUAUAAUUUCUUCUUUGCAGAGCAGCACGCCAGACUGAAGCCUCUGCACCCAGGGAAAGACAGGGAAAUCAGUAGAAUGAUUGGUGAAUUGUGGACCAAACUAAAAGAAAAUGAGAAGGCUGUUUAUCAGGAGAAAGCUGUUAAAGACAAAGAGAGGUACAGAGUGGAGAUGGAAGAUUACCGGGAGAGAUUGAAGAUGGGUCAAAUCAUCAGUGAUGCAGUGCCCAUACAGCAACGGCUUCCCCAUGCUGAUGUAGAUAUGGUGGAAGCAGAAGCAAAGACUGAAAUGGAAGGAGGGGAAUCUCCACAAACUCCAGAGAAUGAGAGUAGCUCAGGGAAAACUGAUUCUGAUGAUGAUGACAAGACAGCAGAGAAGGAGUUUGAUAUGGAGACAUAUCCAGGUGUAGGAGUAGGAGUAGAAGGUGGUGAAUGUAGCAAUGUGGUGGUGGUGGGUAUGGAGACAUCGGUGGAGGAAGAGACAUACGAGUCAGGGAAGAGGGUUGAGAAGGUUGGAGUUGAAAGUGAAGAAAGCCUAGAGAAUGCCAUGGAGAAAGAGAAAUAAAAUUUUUGCUAGCUGAUCGCCCUUCAUUUGUCAUCAUAGUUGCAUUUGUUUGUAAAAUUGAGAUGCGACAAAUGGUGUUUCUUGUUUUGUUGGAACACAAACUUGUCAGUUUUCUAGUGAGGAGGAAAUUUUGAUGCUUUGCUUGAAUUACAUUUUCUGGGUUAAGGCAGAGGCCCCCCCAGGCAAGCUGUUAUUAUCAUUAUUAUUUUGCUCCUA